AUCAAAUCGAAUCGGCCCCAAAUCAAACCGACCUACCCUAAGCUUCUCUCCUCCUCAACGCUAUCUCCGGCGCCGUUCGUCGUGUCAAUCACCGCCGUAGUGAGAAGAGAUGACGACUGCAGCUCGACCCACAUGGGCUCCUGCAAAAGGUGGUAAUGAACAAGGUGGUACUCGGAUUUUUGGCCCAUCCCAGAAGUAUUCGUCCAGGGACAUUGCAUCCCAUACAACUCUAAAACCCAGGAGGGAGGGCCAGGACACCGAGGAAGAACUUCACAAGAGAGACCUCCGGGAGGAGCUGGAAGACCGUGAGAGGAGGCAUUUUUCAUCAAAGGAUAAGUAUAACUAUGACAGAGAUCGCAGUAAGAGAGGAAGCCAGCUUUUGUUGGAAGGGACACGAAGGGAUGCUGAAGAUCGAAUUGUACCACGAAACGUAGAUGCGGAUGAUUCUGAUGUGGAAGUCAAAAGUGAUGAUGACAGUGAUGAAGAUGACGAUGAUGAUGAGGAUGACACAGAAGCUCUUUUGGCCGAGCUUGAACAAAUAAAGAGGGAAAGAGCGGAGGAGAAGCGCCGAAAGGCGAGUUUUUUUAUUAUUACAUAUGACAUUCAGAUUACGAAGCUUUGGUGUUUCUCUAUGCCUAACAAAUAUACUCUAUGCUUUCUCAGGAAGAACAACAGUUGGCAGAAGAUCUUAAAGUCAAGGAAGCAGAGCUUCUCAAGGGAAACCCAUUGCUAAAUAAUCCAAUAACCGCCUCUUCUUUCAGUGUGAAAAGAAGGUGGGAUGAUGAUGUGGUGUUCAAAAAUCAGGCUCGUGGUGAAACUAAAACUCCCAAGCGCUUCAUCAAUGACACAGUGAGAAAUGACUUUCACCGCAAGUUUCUGCAUAAAUACAUGAAGUAAUGUCAUAUGUGAAUCCGACUUUCAAGAUGGUACCCCAAGUAAUGAAGUGAUCUGGACAGUUUGUUAAGAUUUGUGUGUACCUUAAUAUUUCAAUUCAAAGCACCGUGCUAGAUGCCAUGUAUCUUUUUGUUGAAUGUUUGUUUCAUGUUGAUUUUAUCGUGAAAUUAUAUCAAAAUUGACAUUGUCAAUAUAACAUGUUAUAUCUUGAAUUUGACAAAACCAAAAGAUAUAUCCACUGGAGAUGCUCAGCUUAUGUCU